AAACACAGGGGAUAUGUAUUCACUUAGCAUGGACUUCUGGGAGGAGCUAAGGAAGGGCGGUCUGAAGUUUUAUUGAAUAGAGCAGUGUGUAUUCCACUGCUUGCUUGCCUGCCCUCUUGCUGAGCUCCUGCUUGAAGAAACCAGUCCUUCCUUUCUGAUUUAAUUUCCUGGGGGAAGAAGUUUCAGCCUGCAAGGUUUCAUUGAAACAUCAAGAUCAUUCAAUAGAAUCCCUCAGGGAUUGCUCAUCAGCCAGAAGGCUCAGACGUGAACAUUUAAUUUCUUCACUGUAAGUCCACGCACUAUCUGGCCUCCCUAAACCUGAAACUACACCAUGGACGAUUUUGAACGUCGCAGGGAACUCAGGAGGCAAAAACGGGAAGAGAUGCGCCUGGAAGCAGAAAGAAUCGCCUACCAGAGGAACGAUGAUGAUGAAGAAGAGGCUGCCCGUGAACGGCGUCGCAGAGCCCGGCAGGAAAGACUGAGGCAGAAGCAAGAGGAGGAAUCCUUGGGGCAGGUGACUGACCAAGUGGAGGAGAAUGCCCAGAACAGUGUGUCCAAUGAAGAGGUCAAGACAAGCACCACAAACACUCAGGUGGAGGGAGAUGAUGAGGCUGCGUUCCAGGAGCGCCUGGCCAGGCGUGAAGAAAGACGCCAAAAGCGCCUCCAGGAAGCCUUGGAGCGGCAGAAAGAGUUUGACCCCACUAUCACAGGCACAAGUCUGUCUCUACCCAGCCAGAGAAUGCAAAACAACACUGAGAAUGAAGCUGCAGAGAAGGAAGAAAAAAGUGAGAGAUAUGAGCUAGAGGAAACGGAAAUCAUCACCAAGUCCUACCAGAGGAAUGAUUGGAGGGAUGCUGACAUGAACAAGAAAGAAGAGAAAGAGGAAGAAGAGGAAGAGAAGCCCAAGCCAGGGAGCAUUGAGGAAAAUCAGGUAGAGGUGAUUGUAGCAGCAAAAACCCCAGAAACCCAAGAGGAAACCAUGACAUUGAAAAAUGGGCAAACCAGUGUGUCAAGAAUCGAGGAGGAAGGGAAACAGGGUUCAGAUGAGAUUUCUCACAGUGAAAAGAUAGAAGAGGAGGAAAGAGAAAAGGCUGAGGCAGAGAGGGUCAGGUUGGAAGCAGAAGAAAGAGAAAGAAUUCAAGCUGAGCAAGACCAAAAAGUAGCAGAGGAGAAAGCAAGAAUUGAAGCAGAGGAAAAAGCAGCUGCACAAGAGAGAGAAAGAAGGGAGGCAGAGGAAAGGAAAAGGAUUGAGGAGGAGGAGAGAAAGGCAGCAGAGGAGAGGCAGCGGGCAAAAGACGCAGAAGAGAAAGCCAAGCUAGAGAAGCAAAAGCUUCAGAAGCAGCUAGCUGAGAAAAGAGAGGCUUUAUCAGAGAAAAAGAUAAAUGGGGAGAAGGUAGCCCAGCCAAUAGAAAGGAAGUGGGUGACUGAAAAGAAAGUGCAAGAAGAGAAACUUCAGACAGCAACCCCAAAGAAACAGGAAGAAGAAAAGGGGGCUCAAAUGCAAGCUAAAAGAGAAAAGUCCCAAGAAGUCAAGUCUCCCUUCAAUAAAGAAGAGAUCAAAGAUGAGAAGAUUAAAAAAUAUAAAGAACCCAAAGAAGAAGUCAAGAGCUUCUUGGAUGGAAAGAAGGGAUUGACCGACGUAAAGUCACAGAAUGGAGAAUUCACAACCCACAAACUCAAGCACACUGAGAAUACUUUCAGCCGCCCCAGCGGGAAAGCCAACGAGGCCAAGGAGGCAGAGGAAGCCGGCAAGCGCCUGGAGGAGCUCCGUCGCCGCCGCGGGGAAACAGAGAGUGAAGAAUUUGAGAAACUCAAACAGAAGCAGCAAGAGGCGGCCUUGGAGCUGGAAGAACUGAAGAAGAAGAGGGAGGAGCGAAGGAAGGUGCUGGAGGAGGAAGAACAGAAGCGGAAGCAGGAAGAAGCAGAAAGAAAAGUCAGAGAGGAGGAAGAAAAAAGGAGGCUAAAGGAAGAGAUUGAAAGGCGGAGGGCUGAAGCUGCCGAGAAGCGUCAGAAGAUGCCAGAAGACAGCUUAUCAGAUGACAAGAAACCUUUCAAAUGUUUCACUCCUAAAGGUUCAUCUCUCAAGAUAGAAGAGAGAGCAGAAUUUUUGACUAAGUCUGUGCAGAAAAGUGGUGUCAAAUCAACUCAUCAAGCAGCUGUGGUCUCCAAGAUUGACAGCAGACUGGAGCAGUAUACCAGUGCAAUUGAGGGAACAAAAUCUGCAAGACCUACGAAGCCAGCAGCCUCAGAUCUUCCUGUUCCCGCCGAAGGUGUACGCAAUAUCAAAAGCAUGUGGGAGAAAGGGAAUGUGUUUUCAUCCCCCACCGCUUCAGGCACACCAAACAGGGAAACUGCUGGCUUGAAGGUGGGGGUCUCCAGCCGCAUCAACGAAUGGUUAACCAAAACCCCAGAUGGUAACAAGUCACCAGCUCCCAAACCUUCAGAUUUGAGGCCAGGAGAUGUAUCUGGCAAGAGGAACCUCUGGGAAAAGCAAUCUGUGGAUAAGGUCACCUCGCCCACUAAGCAGGUUUGAGACAAUUCAAGAAAGAACCCAAAGACAACCGCUCAAGAUGCUGGACCAGCUCAGUUAAAGAGGGCUCAUUUUUCUCUAUUUUAUAUUUAUGUUAAUUUACUAAAUUGGGUUAAUUUCCUUUUGUUUUUAUUUUUUAUCAUCCCAGUAAACCCAUGUAUAUGAUCACUAUAUUUAAUAGUCACAGUCUAGAGAUAGUCAUGGUCAAAGUACUGCGUUUGCACAGGAAUCUGUUUCUAAAGAAACCCAUGCUGUGAAAUACUUUUCUACUGAUGAGAAGCCUAUGUCUGGACAGUAACACCAGCCCCAUUGGAAGUCAACAAAAGAAGAUUCCAGAUGAAAUUGCCUGAGGAAAUAUGUGUAGUCUCCAGAAAAAAAAGAAAAAGAGUCGUAAUGGUUUUGCUUUCAAUACAAAAGUCAUGUUAUUUCUGCACUUUAGAAUAAAGCAUGGAAGAAAUUAUCUUAGUAGGCGAUUGUAACACUUUCUGAAAACAAACCAAUUCUGAUUUGAUGUACUGCAGUGGUGAUUACUUUUUUAAAAAACCGUACUGUUUAGCUAUUGCUUUUGUCAUGCUGAUGGCUAAGUUGGAUUAUGAUGCUAGCUGACAGUGGUACUGAUUUCUUUAGGUUGGUUGCUUUGUGGAUUUCUUGAGUAGUGAUAGUGAACCACAUAUUAGAUGACCUGAUUAUGUAUGUAUGUGCAUACACAUAUACAAACACAUUAAUGGUAGAAAGCUUUUCUAUGUGCUAGACUAUUAUUAUAUUUAGCAAUAUGCCCUUGAACUAGCCAAUAUCACAGCUUUUAAAAAGUAAAAAUCACAAUAUUAUAUUAUUAUGUCAUAUUUGCCAAUGGAGAAACAUGGCAGAGUAGGUAUUAAUGUGUUUCCAAUACCCAAUAACCUGGAAGAAAAGAGAAGUGUCAAGACAAGUUGGCAUGUCUAUAAAAUGAGUUUAGUUUUUAAUUAAAAGCAGUUUUGAAGUUCAGGGAGAAUUUUCACUAACUCUGUUAUUUGAAUCAAACACAAAGCUUGCUCAAAAUUUUAUUUUUAAGUAGUUUGCAAUAGGUUGACCCUGAUAAUGUUUGGUGUCUCUUCCUUCUUUAAAACUUAAGGAAAACACUUUAAUGAGGUUGUGCAGAUAGGAAUCCCAUGUGUGGGUAUUCAGAGACCAACUUGUCUUAUGUCUGGAAACAGAGAAGAAAACUAAGCAAAGAAUCAUGACAGUUCUCCCAUCUUUAAUAUACUUAAACAUUUUUAAUUAAAACUCUUUUGCCUUUUGCCUCAGUAUUUGUCAUAAGCAGAUAAUGUGUUGAUCUCUCAAAACCAUGUCACUUGCUUGAAUUUCUUUCUCCAAGAGUUUUUUUUUUUUAAUCAGCUCUCAAUUUUAGCUAAUAAAAGCUCAUCUGUUCAAAGAUUUUAAAGGAGUAUUUGAGUGUCUUGGAAAUAUGGUCUACUCUAGAGGUAUACAUGUAUCAUAGUUAUAUAAACUUAUACCUCAGUUGACUUAACCAAAAUUGUCUUAAUUUCACUUUCUACUGCAAUGAAGGAGGUCUGCCUUCUAAGAAACAUAACUACUUUCUAAUCUACAGUAUAUUCCUUGGAUGAGCUAGUCAGGGCAGAAUUGGCUUUGGAGUAAUUGAAGCCCUCCAAAACCUUUUUUUUUCCCCCAUAAGCCAGUAAAAUGUAGUUGAAUCCUCCAGCUUUUAACCCAGCUGGGUCAAAAGGAAGAAAACCACCAAUGUUAUCCAAGUCACCCUCUCAUGACAAAGUAGAUAUGAGUCUACAAGAUGCACCACAAUUUACAUGUUGUGCCUGACUGAACACUGAUUCCCAUCAUGACAACAAAAUGGUUCAAAGUUUGGAUUAAGGCCUCUGGCAGGGUGACAUUGUUUUACUGUACUUUUGGAUAAGUCCUUCUCCUGAUCACUGUUAUAUAUUAUUCUAGAAAGCCUAAGGUUGAAAAGAGAAUAUACCUAUACUGACUUCUAUUCCAAUAUUUGGAUAGAAUAAGUUUUAGAGUAAAAUUUUGUUCAGUUUGGAUUUAAUCUCUUGAAAAAUAAAUUCCUUGUCUGAUUACAAUUCUCUUUAUUGUCUUGAAGAGGUAAAACUGCAAUGUGACUAGCAUGUUCUGUGAAACUGCCAUGCCAAACAAAUUCAUUAACACUUGAUAAUUUUCACUGGUAGUUGAUUACUGCAAUAAAUAUGUAUUGUGAGAAUGCAUCCACAAUAAAUGGAAUUCCUCCAAA